AUGCUAGAAUCUCUACGGAACCCUAAGGUAAAAAAAAUUAUAGAGGAUGCUAUCGGAGGUUGCGAUUAGUAGACAGCUACUGUUCUUGAUUUGUCUUUUGUACAUCUUUACACUUGUGAAGAGGGAAAACACAAAUUUCAUCAUUGUAGAGCAGAAGGAAUCUUAGUAUUUCUGAUUGAUAGGAGAGAAGGAAAAGCAUUCUAUUUAAGAGUACUUCAUCCAGCUACCUUGGAGGUCAAAUUCUCUGUUGAAUUGUAUUUUGGAUUUAUUGAGAGUUGGUCUCCAGUGAGGGGAUUUAAUAAUUUUUAUGCAUUUCCAUUUAGCAAAGGAUUUGUUGGAAUGCUCUUUGUAAAUGAUUAAGAAGCAUAAAGAAUUACAUAAAAAAUUAGAUAAUAUGCUCCAUCCAAAAAAGAUCUUGAAAAACUUAACUAGCAACUUAAGGAAGAGGAAAAGUUAAUAAAGGCAUAUUAACAACAAGAAAAGGAAAAAGAUUCAUUUUCUUAUUAAUUCAAAGCUUUCUUCGGAAAAGAAAAAGUUGAAAAACCAAUUUAAAUUGGGACUCCUUAAAAUGUUAAAAGAAAUACUCUUUCUUUGAAUGUGGAAACUGGAGAAAUAGAUAUAGACAAAUUACCUCCUGUGCUUAUAGAGGUCUUUUUGAAUGCAGGAAUUACUAAAAAGGAUCUCUAAGAUAAAGCAAAGGCUAAAGAGAUUUUCAAAACUGUAGCCAGAUUUAGUGAUAAAAAUUCACAAGCCACACAACUUUAGUCAAAUUAAUUAAAUAAGAACUCGACAAAGCAAUAAUAAUAAUAAGCGACAAAUCCACCUUCUCAAAAAUAAAACCCAAUUUAACAAUAAUAAUAAUCGAAUAAACCAUCAGUAGUAAUUACAAAUAAAGGUGCUCCACCUCCACCGCCACCUCCUCCACCUCCUCCACCUCCUCCUCCUCCUCCUCCUUAAGUUCAUUAAGGUGGUAACAAACCUCAGGUAUUAUAGCCACCCUCUCAAAAAUAACAGUAAUAACCUCCAAACCAAUAAUCUAAUUCGAAUUAAAUAAGUGCAAUACCAGAUCAAGUUUAAAUAACCAAUCCUACCACAUAGACAUAGGAAAAACCAUAACUUCAUUCUAUCUUAAAGAGCUAGGUUGAUUAAAAAAAUCUUGCAAAAGAAAUUGAAAAUUCAACUGGUUAUAAAGUUUAAGGUCAUGAUAUUAAGAUGGAUAUUGGUAGUAUGAAUGCUAAGGAAAAGGAGGAUCUAUCAAUUAUGCUUGAGGCGAAUAUGAAAAAUAGAAAAAUAACUUAAUUUGCGAAAAGAAAGAGUAGUAGUGAGAAUGGUUGGAGUGAUGAUUGA